GUUCCAUUGGCGGCAGGGUUCAGCAUGGAUGCCAAACCUGCCUACGAGGGGACCUUUAAUGAGUCCCAACUCCUUGAACAGCUUCCGAAUGAGAUUGCGGCCCUCAUUCGCACAGCUUCUGGGACACAGUACCUGAAUGCGCUUGCGGUUGGCGCGUCGAGAAAAGGGUACACUGAGAAGUUUUUCUACAUAUACGAACCGAUUUUUGUGGACCUAGCUGCACGAUGGAUUCUUCCAGAGACCAGUGUCGACCAUGUAGAAGUUAUCUCCGCAUUUUCACGCAUCUUGCCACUGGCACCGCAUCUACGAUCUUUCGCAAGCCAAUAUGCCAUGUCUCGGGCUGGACCUCUAUCGGCUUUGGCUGCGUCUAAUGAAUUGACUCUUUUGCAAAUAGACGAUUCUACGAUCCGCAACUUGCUCCUAGCUAUUUUCCGGCUGCUCUCGUUUGAUCUAGAGACCUUCUCGCCCGCAAUUGCUCCAUCACAGCUGCAAACCCUGUUUCGACACCGCGAUCUAUCCGUAAGAUACCUAGCGAUACGAUGUUUCUCUUUAUAUAUGCGCGCAGCCGAUUCUGCUACGGACAGGAUUACAUGGACACACUGUGCAGAUGAUUUGAUUGAGGGAGAAUGGGAGGGGAUCACCAUUGAUUACCGUUGCCUUGGGUUAUGGGAAGAGCGUCGAUGGGAUGCUAUAGAGAAGCAGCUCCAGACCGGGAGGGCUACACGGAUACUUUCCGAGAGCCUGGAACAAAUAGGGGAACUGCGGGAUUAUUUCACUGUUCGAACCGCUGAUGUUUGCGGCGUGUUGAUUCCACGACAGAAUGAUGCUUCGCUCUCGCCCUCCUCAAUUGUGAAAACGCCCACGGCUGUGGAAAACUUGCGACGGAUAGCAUCCGCUUUGAUUACAUCCAAACCCAUUCUACUUGUCGGUUUGCCGAACUCGGGAAAGACGUCCUUGAUUAAUGAUGCCGCAGCGAUCAUGGGACAGUCGGAAUCCAUGGUAACACUUCACUUGAACGAACAGACGGACGCUAAAAGUCUUCUUGGCAUGUAUUCAACAUCUCCGAAUACGGGAAGCUUUUCCUGGCAGCCGGGUGUUUUGACAAAGGCUGCAAGAGAAGGUCGGUGGAUUUUAAUCGAGGACUUAGAUCGGGCCCCCUCGGAAGUUAUUGGCCUUAUCCUGCCAAUUAUCGAAAAAGGGGAGUUAACUAUCGCGAGUCGGCGAGAGCGAAUUAAAUGUGCUGAGGGGUUUAAGAUAAUCGCAACGAUGAAGUCUUCCUACAAUAUCGCAGGAGAAGAAGUGGCACCGAGUACGACUAUCCUUGGGAGCAGACUCUGGCAAAGAGUACAGAUAGACUCGCUCAUGAUAGACGAGGUUGAGGAAGUGAUUGCGCAUACGUUUCCACUGCUCCAGUCUCGUGUUCCAACUAUUAUAAACGUCUACCAGAGACUUUGUUCUUCCUUUCAUGGAAGUCUCGCAAUCAAGAGCUCCCAAGGUCGAACCCCAGGUUUGAGAGACCUAAUCAAGGUUUGCAGCAGAAUGCACCAGCGGCUUCAACGACUAGGGAUAAAGACAGGCUACGAAGCUACUCCUGAAAGCACUGAAGAUGAAAUCUUUUUGGAUAUUGUGGACGUGUUUCUUAGAUAUCUCCCCGAAAGUACUUUGGCGGAUUCGCUCGCUUUGGUUGUUGCAGAAGCACUUCAGAUUUCGCCGCAGCGUGCGCAGUUUUCCCUCCGCGAACGAACACCUGCAAUUCUCGACCAUGGUAACAGUUUGACCCUUGGAAGGGAAACUUGCCGCAAAAUCAAGAUCCCAGCUGGUUCGGCCAUGAAGCUGACGGCCGCAUCCUCUCGUUUUGCUACGACAAGGGCUGCCUUGAAGUUAAUGGAGCAAGUCGCUGCAGCUGCUCAAAUGGCGGAACCCGUGCUCCUUGUUGGAGAAACGGGUAUCGGCAAGACCACCGUAAUCCAGCAGCUGGCGACGUUAAUGCGGCAGAAACUCACUGUCGUCAAUUUGUCGCAGCAAAGCGAAAGCACUGACUUGCUGGGCGGAUUCAAACCUGUCAAUAUCCGCACAAUGGCUAUCCCAAUGUUUGACGAGUUCAAUUCAUUGUUCGAGUUGACAUUCUCGGCGAAGAAAAACCUAAAAUUCCUGUCAUCAGUAGCCAAGAGUGUCGCUAAUGGUAACUGGGUGCGCCUAGUCAAUCACUGGCAUGAAGCUGUUCGGUUAGCUGAAGGUGUUUUUAAAUCCACCAAUGGUUCUUCCAAGGGAGAUGAAGGAGAGCAACCCUCCAAGAAAAGAAAGCUGGACUCCCCAAAGUAUCAGUACCUGCGACAAAGGUGGGAAAGAUUUGCUGCACAGUUGCAUGAUUUUGAAGCCCAGGUAUCUCAGGGCGAUGCGAAAUUCGCAUUUGCCUUUGUUCAGGGUAAGAUAGUCCGAGCACUACGGAACGGCGAAUGGGUUCUUCUCGAUGAAAUCAACCUAGCCUCGCCUGAUACUCUUGAAAAUAUAGCGAGUCUUCUACAUCAUGGGAGCGAAGGAUCGCCCUCUGUUCUCCUUUCCGAAGCAGGCGAGGUGGAACGUGUCUUUGGCCACCCGGAUUUCCGCAUAUUUGGUGCCAUGAAUCCCGCCACCGAUGCUGGGAAAAAGGACCUCCCCCCGGGUCUUCGCUCCCGAUUUACUGAACUAUAUGUGCACUCACCAGAUACCGAAUUGGACGAUUUGCUGUCGUUGAUUAGGAAGUACCUAGGAGACUUGAUCCUAAGUGACUCCAGGGCUGUGCCGGAUCUUGCGCAACUGUAUAUGGAAACGAAGAAACUCAGCAACGAGAACAAGCUCACAGAUGGUGCCGGACAACGCCCGCACUUUAGCAUAAGAACACUUGUCCGUGCGCUGAUCUAUGCGGCUGACCAUGCCCACAUAUACGGACUACGUCGAGCAAUGUUUGAGGGAUUUUCUAUGAGUUUCUUAACAGUCUUAAGUCGGGAAUCGGAGAGAAUCCUAAUACCAUUGCUCGAGAGGCACAUCCUAAGCAAUGUGAAGAACAUCCGGGCACUGCUUGGACAGACACCUAAGCCUCCAACCGACGGUAGUGAUUAUGUGCAGUUUAAACAUUACUGGAUGCGCAAGGGUCAUUUAGUUCCUGAGGAGCAACCCCAUUAUAUCAUAACACCCUUCAUCGAGAAGAAUCUCAGGAAUCUUGUGAGAGCAAGUUCGACUCGCCGAUUCCCAGUUUUGCUUCAAGGCCCAACUUCCGCAGGAAAAACAAGCAUGAUUGAAUACCUUGCAAAGGUCUCUGGAAACAAAUUCGUUCGUAUCAACAACCAUGAGCAUACUGACCUUCAAGAAUAUUUGGGGUCUUACGUAUCUGAUGAUGAUGGAACUCUUCGUUACCAAGAGGGGAUACUGGUAGAGGCGUUGCGAAACGGAUAUUGGAUUGUUCUGGACGAACUAAACCUGGCACCGUCAGAUGUUUUAGAAGCCCUAAAUCGACUGCUAGACGAUAACCGUGAAUUGUUUAUCCCAGAAACCCAAGAGGUGGUUCGCCCACAUCCGAAUUUCAUGCUGUUUGCAACUCAAAAUCCUGCUGGCUUGUAUGGAGGCCGAAAAGUUCUAUCUCGUGCUUUUCGGAAUCGUUUCCUGGAGCUCCACUUUGAUGAUAUCCCGGAAAGCGAGCUUGAAUUUAUUCUCAAAGAGAGAUCGCAAAUAGCCCCUUCUUUCUGUACUAGAAUAGUGUCUGUCUACCGAAAACUCUCCCUAUUACGACAAUCGAACAGACUGUUUGAGCAGAAAAACAGCUUCGCUACUUUGCGUGAUCUGUUUCGAUGGGCUCUUCGACGAGCUGAUGAUCGGGAGCAGCUGGCAAUCAACGGAUUUAUGCUCCUCGCAGAAAGAGUGCGGAACCCACAGGAGAGAGCCGCGGUGAAGGGUGUGAUUGAAGAGGUUAUGAAGGUAUCCAUCGAUGAAGACAGCAUCUACGGCAUUUCUGAAAUGGACAGACGUGCGCCGAAUCUAAGACAGCUCGCUCCUGGGAUUGUUUGGACAAGGGCGAUGAGAAGGCUUUUCAUUUUAGUUUCAACGGCACUCGAAAACAACGAGCCUGUUCUACUUGUAGGAGAAACAGGUUGUGGAAAGACCCAGCUUUGUCAAGCGGUUUCAGAUGUCUACCGGAAGCAACUAUUCAUCGUGAACGCACAUGUUAACCUGGAGACUGGAGACCUUAUAGGUGCUCAACGGCCUGUGCGGAAUAGAGCUGCCCUUGAAGAUAUGUUGCUCGAGGAUCUAAGAACAGUACUACGAGAAUCUGGCGGAGAUUCAAAGACUCUUGAGGAGCUAAAGCAAAGCUUUCAUAGCCUUACCCCCGAUCAGCGGCAAGCAUCGAGCCCCGAAUUGAUUCAAAGAAUUGAGAAAAACACCACGCGUUUAAAUGCUCUAUUUGAAUGGACAGAUGGGAGCUUGAUCACUGCUAUGAAAACAGGGCAGUUCUUCCUUCUGGAUGAAAUUUCUCUUGCCGAUGACUCGGUGUUGGAGCGACUUAAUAGUGUCCUAGAGCCUCAUAGGUCGAUACUUUUGGCAGAAAAAGGCCCAAUCAACUCCAUGGUUGUAGCGGACAGCGGUUUUCAGUUCCUCUCUACAAUGAAUCCUGGAGGAGACUAUGGCAAACGUGAGCUUUCUGCCGCUCUGCGAAAUCGAAUGACUGAAAUUUGGGCCCCUCAGCUGUCCGAGGACGAGGACAUUCUUCCUAUUCUCCGGACGAAACUCCAGCCAGAGUUAAAGCACAUCCCUCAGGCGAUGCUGCAAUUCGCGAAAUGGUUCAAGCAAAUUUUCCAGAAUUCUUCCACCAACUCUCUAUCUAUUCGUGAUCUCUUAGGCUGGGUUGAAUUUGUUAACAAAUGCCACGGCUCUGACCCUAUGUUUGCUGUGGUGCAGGGCGCUGCUAUGGUCUUCAUCGACACAUUGGGAGCCAACCCUGCAGCAAUGCUAGCAACAACAUUACACAAUCUCAAGGGCAAUCGUCAACUGUGCCUGGAUAAACUCCAUGAGCUAUUUCAUGUAGAUGCUUCUAGCAUUUACUUGCAAAAGUCAGUCAUCAAUACUGAAGGCGGGUUCUUGUGCGUUGGGCCUUUUCAACUUGCAAUGAAUGGGGAUACCCAGCCUAAUACUCAGUUUAUUAUGGAUGCUCCUACAACAAUCGCUAACUCAGUGCGGAUUGCUCGCGGUCUACAAUUAUCGAAGCCUAUCCUCCUUGAAGGUAGCCCAGGUGUUGGGAAGACUACACUAGUGACUGCUAUUGCUAAAGCCCUCGGCAAGCCCCUUACGCGAAUCAAUCUAUCAGAACAAACAGAUCUCACGGAUCUAUUUGGAUCCGAUGUACCUGUGGAAGGGGGUGAUGUUGGCCAGUUUACUUGGCGCGAUGCUCCUUUCCUCCAAGCAAUGCAACGGGGUGAUUGGGUUCUGUUGGACGAAAUGAAUCUAGCCUCUCAGUCCGUCCUUGAGGGUCUGAACGCUUGUUUAGAUCACCGACAGAUGGUCUAUGUUGCGGAACUUGACCAAACAUUUAAACGGCAUCCCGACUUUGCCCUGUUUGCUGCACAAAACCCUCAUCACCAGGGAGGAGGACGAAAGGGUCUUCCUGCAUCAUUCGUCAAUCGGUUUACGGUGGUAUAUGCUGACAGUUUUACUGACACUGACUUAAAGCGUAUAUGUGCAAAACUUUUCCCCGGAAGCCCCUCUCUGCAGACCGAACGGCUUGUUGACUUCGUCUCUCUGUUGAAUGUGGCAAUUACCCAAGACCGGAAGCUUGGCGUCCUCGGCGGCCCUUGGGAGGUCAAUCUACGCGAUAUCCAAAGAUGGCUUCAGCUAGCAGAUCGGGGGACCUUGCAGAUAAAUACGAAGGAUUUCCUUGAUAUCAUCAUCUCUCAACGGUUUAGAUGCCAAGAGGACAGAGACAGAGUUUGCCAAAUCUAUCAACGAGUCUUUAGGGAUGUUCCGGUAAUCACCAAAAGCUACUACCACAACAUGACGCCGGAGUACAUGCAAGUAGGGCUUGGAGUUAUGCGCAGGGACUUGAUACUUCAACAUAUGCAUAUACCGCACAUCAAGAUACUUCCUAGAGACCUCCCAAUUUUGGAGUCAUUAAUGCUUUGCAUCGAACAGGCAUGGCCUAGCAUCUUGGUUGGUGCGUCCGGUUGUGGCAAAACAACCCUGAUAAGGAAGCUCGCAGCAAUCAACGGGGCGAAUUUAGUUGAAUUGGCGCUGAGCGCUGAUACUGAUACGAUGGACUUAGUGGGAGGUUUUGAACAAAUUGACCACAAUAGAGAAGUCUCCUCUCUUGUCUACGACGCUUCCUUGUUUGUUCGACAACAUUUCAUAUCUGCCUACCCACUGGAUGGCACUCCUAAAGAAAUUUCUUUCUUCCUCGAGCUCUAUGAGCAAUUACAGGGCUCAGAUGUAUCUGUUGACAUAAUAUGUACAUCUUUGGAAAGAAUUUAUCAGCACUAUCCCCAUAAUAACCUCGAGAAACUGCUCACGCGCGCACAGGCCCUGCUGAAGGCUAUAAAGCAGUCGGAACAUAUCAAAGUCGGUUUUGAGUGGACUGAAGGUGUUCUGACCCAGGCUGUCCAGAGUGGGGAUUGGGUUAUUCUCGAUAAUGCCAAUUUGUGUAACCCAUCCGUUCUUGACAGGCUCAACUCAUUGACCGAGCCGAAUGGAGAGCUGAUUCUUAAUGAGCAGCGCACUGAGGAUGGGAAUGCGAGGGUUAUUCGGCCACAUCCAAACUUCAGGCUUUUCUUCACGAUGGAUCCUCGCAACGGAGAGUUAUCUCGCGCCAUGCGGAAUCGCUGUGUGGAGAUAUGCUUCUUGCCCCAGGAAGACAGCACUUUUGAAAGCCCCCUUAUGCCAUCUUACACCUGCCAGUCUUCUUUGUACCGCCUUCGGUCACUUUGGGAUACUGGUUCUUCCAUUGCUUUCGGAGAGCCGUCAGAGUCUUUGGAGGCUCGCGUGGACCAUCUUUCGGUUGCAGACUUGGCGUACCUCCAACGGUCACAGCAUCUGGUUUCGCCGUACGCUUCAGAUUUCCCAGACCAAUUUUCCAGAACGAUGGAUCGGUAUGCAUCCGUAAUACACGAUAAUCAGUCCUUCCAGCCUUUCCGCCACAUUCAGAAGACCAUCGAGUUAGGGGGCGCUUCAUUCAACAUCCAGGGCCACCUACAACCUCUGCAUCCUCUAGUCAAUGAGCCACUCGCUUUGGUGCUCGGCCAGCACGUGCCGUUGAAUUUCAUUAUAAUGUUAGCUCAGCUGCAAGAGUCUAAGCUCGAUCUCCAUCGUAUUAAACAAGCUUUGUUAAAUGCAGAUUCAUCCGCCAAACUCCUUAAACCAAGUCAAAUGAGCCGCUUGGAGCGUUCUCUGGCGUCAGGGCGCAUACCCUCGUUGAUGAAGGAUUCCACCCAACCGGUUGCCGCCUUCAUAUCUGACUGCGGGCAGGCCGUCUAUGAUUUCAUCCAGCAGCUGAAUGACGAAAACAUUCAAGCUGUUGAUCUAGUGCCUUCUCUUCGUGAAGUUAUUAGUUUUUGCGCGGAUAUUCUAAGGAUCACUGCGGCUACUGAACUGGAUCAGGGAGAAUUUCAAAUAUAUCUCCAACUGGGCAGGGAGCUAUGCUCCUCCCUCCUGGAUUCGAGUAGUGUUUUCCAGCCACUGGCUUUUGCUUUAUGUCAAGCCCUAGACCGGUUCCAGGAGAACUGGGCCCUCACAACAGGUCUUGGUAUGCAACAGUUGUGGGAGUCAUGGAGACCAGCAACUGCAGCGACUCAGAAUCAGUUGAAAUGUUUAUUGGAUCUGGAGAAGGUCGCAUUCGAGUUCAUGCAAAUCGCGACUAAAACGCGUUUGAACCUGUCUCAGCUGAGCCAAUUACGCAGCUCUUUGGUCGAUGCUCAAAGACACAUACUUUUGGAUGGUGCGAAUGGGGAUGAGCUUGUCCAGGGCAUCAAACAAACUGUAGUCGAACUGGCGGGUUCUGUGCAAGAAUCCGACCUCACCCAAAGCCCUUACUUCUCCAACGAAUUCGAAGUAUUGUGCCAAUAUCACGAUAUUGUAUCCCCUCAAAACACCAGAAGUUCCAAAUACGCCAUUCAAUCCCUAUCAGCUUUAUUGGCUGGGCGUCCCGCAAAACCUUUAAACGGGUCAAACUUGCAAAGUCGCGUUCCUGAUAUCCUCAACAGACUUUCGCUGUUCUCGGGAUUCCAACGAGCCUCGGGUACUGGCACUGCCGUUAAUGGUACACUGUCUUUGUCAUUGUUGUACAAAUUAGCCUUCGUGAACCGAGCAAGUCUGGGACAAAUGGACGCGUUGGAGGAAGAGAAGCAAACGCUUUCUCGAGCGCUAUCUUUGACGAGUCAGGAAAUUUCUAUGGAUCAGCUAAAGCUCCUUCGACAAAUGCUACUGAAACUUGCUGUUGAGCUUGUACAAACUCACCAAGCCUUUUUCGAUCCGGCUACUUUUGAGCAACUGAUUAAUUUCCUCCCCGCGAUUGGAGGGCAAAAUGUGCCAGCUAACAUCUCCGUGCCAAACAUCCGCCUCAUAGAUGGAUUGCCCGAUAACCAUUACUUCAGAGUUAUUGCAGAUAAAGCGCUCCCAGAGCUUAUUACAACAUUGGUGACAACACCGGUGCAUGGGAGGGUGGCUACUGAACAAAUAGCUAGUGCUCUCGUCCAGUUUGCUGUUACCCUUUUGUGGCUUUUUGUCCCCGACAAGCCAUUUGAUCCAUCAUUACGUCUGGUGGUGCAGAGAAAACGUUAUGAUGAGCGUGUGACGGAGCUUACAUCUAAGGCGAAUGCUCUCUCAUCGUUCGAAGAAGGAUUCUCUGGAAAGUCCACGAAUACACGGAAGGAGCUUGUACAGCAAGAAUUGCGAAGCUUGGGUUCAGCUCCUCCACCGUCUUCCGUCACCCGCCCAGCAUCCUCUGAAAUCGGAAUUCUCCAUGGAGAGUUCUCGAGUCUGAUCAAAUCAGUACUUGAGAGGAAUCCCGAAAAGCUGAUUAACGCAACAGAAAACAGUCCGGAAAACGAACGUAUGAGGAAUUUAUUGCGUGAUAAUAUUCACCAACUAAGUCGACGUUUGAGCACGAACUACAGAUCCUACGACGAUAUCACUAUUCUUGUAGUUCAUUUCCUGCAGCUUCUAGACCUUGGUCUUUCAAUGGGCACUGCCUCCUUCAGUGAAACAAAUGAUGUGGUAUGCAUCCGAACUAUCUGCGGACGUACGCCGUUCCUUGGAGGUUUUGUUCAGGCCCCUUCAGUACCGGAAGAAGAACUCAUGGGCUCGAAUUCGAAACACGCAUUAGAGCUAAUGUUCCAUGAACUGUCUUCCCUCAAGGUGGCGGAGAACAUAGAGCCCGGAGUGCUUUACACCAAAGGCGGCCGUGAGUCUCUGCGCCGAAUAGUCGAACAUUUCCAUUUGUUAUGGAAGGCAAAACUUAAGGACGACCAGGAGGAAGAAGCCCGCAAGAACGAAUUGUAUCAUUAUAAGGGUUCUUGGGAAGACAGUGAAGAAGUUGACGAAAACGAACUACAUGAGCUCUUCCCGACAUACGACGAUGGCAGCGAUGAAGAAGCCACCCAUGCAGACAAGAUUGACCCGAAAGCCAUCUCUGUACGUCUUGCAGCACUCCAUGCCAAGCUUUUCGAAUUUGAGGACCGCGGACGAGUUUUUUCAGAAUAUGUCAAGAGCUCUGCUUUAUUCGUAGGAUCAUUAUGGUCGGAGAACAAAUUAUUCUCGUCCCAAGUACAUCCUAAGGAGCAGAUGUCUAGCAUCUUCUUGCUUCUCAAGGAUGACCUCGACGGGCAAUCAACCGGCAGUGGCAAAAACUACAACUUCUACACAGACCAAAACCUGACAGAAGCUAAAAAGCUUCUGUCCUUAACCCGCUCUGUGCAAUCCCGGUUUGCUCAGAUACAGAAGGCCUGGCCUGAUCAUGCAGUUCCGGCAGACGUCAUUCUCUAUUGCAAAGAGAUUUAUCAAUUCAAGCACACGGAGCCUGUGGCAAAGUUCCUCACAAAAUUGGAAAAGCUUCAUUCGCUCGUUCACGAAUGGCAGCUUGUAGCAAGUCGGGAGUACUCAGCUGCUUCGUUCUAUGAUGAAAUCACGAAUAUGAUCAUAUCAUGGCGCCGACUCGAGCUGUCAACCUGGGCCAAACUCCUGGACCUUGAGAAAGAGAAGUGUGACCGAGAUGUGAGCUCGUGGUGGUUCAUCGCUUUUGAGGCCCUUAUUCGUGCACCGAUCCAAAUCGCGGAGGCCGGAGAAGAAGAUCUUGGCGAUCAUGUUCGAGACGUUAUUGCUACAUUGGAGCAAUUCUUCCAGUCAACUACUGUAGGCCAGUACAGUGAGCGCCUUCGGUUGAUUAAAAACUUCCGCUCUCUUCUAUUUCUCUACGUUCAAGACUUCCCAGCCCUCAAACAACUUGUAUCCGCACUAGACAACUUCAUGCAACAUCACAGCCAGUUUGAACCCUUGGUCUGCAAACUUUUAACUGAGAGACGCUCUGCGCUGGAGAAAGAUAUAAAGGACCAGAUACAGCUGGCCAGCUGGAAGGACACUAACAUUGUCGCACUGAAAGAGAGCGCCCGCCGUUCCCAUGUGAAAUUGUUCAAACUCGUUCGCAAAUAUCGUGCAAUUUUGGCUGAACCCGCGCAACAAAUUCUCAGUCAAGACAUGCCUGAAAAAGAGGAAGAUUCGAACCCUGCUGGAAAUGAUACGACCACCCCUUGUACAAGUAUUCCCGAAGCCCUUGCCUUAUGUGAAAAGGAUGGACAAAUCUGGUCCAACCGUCCUCCUAGAUUUAGGAACCCGGACGGAACUACGAGCAAUAUGAUGCAUAUGUAUGCGUCCAUUUCCACCGAUUUCGAUAUUGCAGAAGACUUGAGUGGUUUUGUGCAAUUCUUCAUUGAGAGCAUCAAAGAGUUUAGAUCACAGACACCAAAAAUCCUCACUGAAGAGAAUAAGUCAAACGUGCAACAUCUCAAGGCUCAGAAACGCCGUUUCUACGCGGAAACCCUGAAGCAAUUAUUUGAAAUGGGGGUCAAGCGAAAUGCUAGCACAAAUCUGACAGAAUCUCAGGCAUCUGUUGCUCAGGUUCUUGCGACUAGUCCAGCUCUUGUAGCUAACACUGCACUAAGCCCACUGAUUGGAAACUGUGAUAUCUAUUUCCAUAGGUUUUUGGACCUGCUUCCGCGUGUCCGCCAAGCCUCGCAUAACUACUCUGAAGAUCUCAGUAAUGUGGAGGUGUCAAGAAGUGCAGGGUCAGUCGAGCAUUUGCUGUUCCUGGUCAGAAAGCAGAGAACGGCCAUUUCUCCCGCAUUGUCUGAUUUGAUGUCGCUGCAAUCGAUACUUGCCAAGAUAACCAACCUCUGGAAAUGCGGAGCCACUUCUAUCGUCAAGUCAAGCUCACAGCUUUUGGCUGGUCGACGGGGUGCAAUGACAGCAAGCUCCUGGUUAGUCCCAACUCUUGGGCUGGCCGCAACUGUCAUUGAACUGCAUUCCAAGUUCUCCGGUAUCGACUCAAUGGAUAUCUGCAAAGGACUGCAACUCUGGAAAGAGAAUUUCGAUCGCCUAAGGAAAGCCUUCAAAAAUUUACCUGACUUGCCUAAUGGAGUCACGUCUAGCCUCCACAAACAGACUCUAGACGAGGCUAUGUCUUCUCUCAACCAGUUGAAUACUGAUAUCUCUAAGUGGGGCCAAGAGCGUCCUGACCUCACAUUUGUUCUCGACCAAUUACUUCCUUGGCUGAAUGUCAGUAUGGAAUCAGGUGAACUUGAGCAGGAAGUGCAUCCUCUCGCCAUCGAGGACUUUGAUAACGGCCUCACUGCAACUGUUGACAAGAUUCUCGUUAGCCUUCAGAAGUUGAAGGAGGUCCCAGCCAUUAUUACCUUCACCGGGUCAUUGUCUCGAAGCGAUGAAUUCUUCACCAGGGCUCUGAAGUCCGUCCAUCUCCCUGACAUCACAAAAGCUCUGAAUGCGGUUUUAGAAACACUACAGACUGUACACAAACAUUCCGACUCCGGGAUCCCUCUCGCAGUGGCAUUGAUGACCAGUCUGCUGCCUAUCCUGAACAAAUACUCCCAAAUCAGCCAAGAUCUUGUGUACCGCUUCCUCACGGUGCAUAGAGAGACCUGCAAGAUGUCUUACAUCCUAAGCAAGUCUUUCGUCCAAAUUGCAUCCGAAGGUUUCUGCAGCCCACAUGAGGAAUCUACCGAACAAGGCAAAUCUGGAAAUCUAGAAAGCGGAACAGGUUUGGGUGAUGGUGAGGGCGCGGAGGAUAUCAGCAAAGAUGUGGGCGACGAUGAGGACUUGUCCGAGCUUGCACAGCAGGAACAGAAGGAAGAUGCCGCAGAUGAUAUGGAUGCCUCUGCCGAUGCGGUAAAUAUGGAUCAAGAGGAUUUGCAAGGAGAGUCUCGUGAGCAGGAAGGAGAGGAAGAAGACAAGGAUGAAAGCGGCGACGAGGAAGACAGCGAUAUCGAUGAGGAAGUCGGCAGCGUCAAUGACUUGGACACAUCUGCAGUUGAUGAAAAAAUGUGGGAUGGCAGUCAUGACGAGGACCAGAAAGAGACCGAGAAUGAGGAAGGAAAGGGUGUAUCGGAGUCUGACCAGCAAGCAGUAGCCCAAGAACGGCAAAAUGGUGAAAAGGGUGAUGAGAACGAGAAGAAAGAGGGCGAAGAAGAAGAUGCAGAGGACGAAGAGGAAGAAGAGGAAGAAGCACCCGAAGACGAGGGUGAAGCCAUCGGUCGCGAGGAUAUGGACGUGACAGAUCCCCACGCAAAAGAACAAGAAACUCUUGAUCUGCCCGAAGAAAUGCAGCUUGAUGGUGAUGAAAUGGAUAACGAUGAAGGCCCUGAAGACGACGACGGAUUUGACGAUAUCUCGGAUAAUGGCUUUGCCCCUAUGGAUGAUGAGCAGACAAAUGAGAUGCAACAAGAUAACCUUGACGAGGAGGGAGGACCUGAGCAAUCUGGAGAAGAAGAGGAAAUAGAUCCGACUGGAGAGGAUGGGGAGGAUGAGAAGACCAAUGAGGCCGAGGCUGACGAGGAGGCAAAGGAGCCCGGGGAAGAGGCCGAAGAAGAACAACCAGACGAUUUCCUCACUCAAAGGGACGAUAAUGAAGCAGCAGGAGAAGAAGUGGCUCCUAGCGAAGCGGUGAAUGGUGGACUUGGUGCCGAGCAGGAUCAAAAUCAGGAGAAGGGCGCAUCGGGCAAUGCACAACAGCAGGAUGGUUCAAUGGAUCCCUCUGCCGAGCCAAAUCAGCAGACGGGGGCUGCCAAAGAUGGGGAAGAAACCGAGAGACAUCGGGAUGCAGGAGGCGCAAACGAUGUCAACCCAGAAGAUCCUCAGUUGCAGGCGUUCAAGAAGCUUGGUGACGUUCUCGAGCAAUGGCACCGUAGGCAAAAGGAAAUCAUGGACGCGUCAAAGCAGGAGGAUGGAGAGCAGGACGAGCCACUACCCAAAGAUACUGAAAUGGGUGACGCUGAUUUCGAACAUCUCGCGGAUCAAGACGAUGUUGCUGAUACUCAGGCACUUGGCCAGGCUAACGAAGACCAAGCCCAAGGCCUUGAUCAGAAUAAGGGGGUCGAGUCAGAUGUUAAACCAGGCGAUCAAGAAAUGUUGCCAGACGCGUCUGAUGAACCUCAAGAUCUGCUGGAUAACAAACUGGAAGACGAAAUGCAAGUAGACCAAGAGGGCACUCCUGCUGAAGAACAAAAGGCUGGAGCUCUCAUUCCGGGGGACUCGCACACCCAACAACGCUCGACUGAAGCAGUUCAGCAAGCGGAGGAUGAGGAGCUGGAUGAAGUCGAUGCACAUCUGGCCGCAAUCCAUCUUUCAUCGACUCUCCCUCCUCUGACUGAAAGGGGUGAAGCUCAACGCCUCUGGUCAAAGUACGAAUCGGCCACCAAUGAUCUUUCACUCUCGUUGACUGAGCAGCUCCGCUUAAUCCUAGCGCCCACGCUGGCAACAAAGCUGCGAGGUGAUUUCCGCACAGGAAAGCGACUCAACAUUAAACGGAUCAUUCCAUACAUCGCCUCCCAGUAUAAGCGCGACAAGAUCUGGAUGCGCCGAUCGAUUCCUUCCAAACGCAACUAUCAAAUUAUGCUUGCCGUUGACGAUAGCAAGUCGAUGCUUGAGAGUGGCAGCGGGCAGUUGGCAUUCGAGACCCUCGCCCUGGUAGCCAAGAGUCUUAGUAUGCUCGAAGUCGGGGAUCUCUGUGUUCUCGGAUUUGGAAGUGAGGAGCAUGUUAGAGUCGCGCACGAAUUUGGCAAGCCGUUCUCCUCUGACGCUGGUGUUCAAGUAUUCCAGCAUUUCAGUUAUCAACAAACCGGCACUAACGUCCGCAAACUGAUUGCGGACUCCAUUGCCCUGUUCCGAGAAGCUCGCUGGAAGCAGUCCCCUGCAGGCGGCGGCGCUGAUCUUUGGCAGCUCGAGCUGAUCAUAUCAGAUGGUAUCUGUGAAGACCAUGAGACAAUCAGCCGGCUUGUGCGCCAGGCCCAAGAAGAACGAAUCAUGAUUGUAUUCAUUAUUGUGGACGCGGUGAAGGGAAGCUCCAUUCUCGAUCUUACCCAGGCUAGCUUUGAACCUGAUCUGGAAAGCGGUACUGGAGAAAUGAAGUUGAAGAUGAAGAGGUAUAUAGAGGGAUUCCCAUUCCCUUAUUAUCUUGUUGUGCGUGAUGUUCGAGAACUACCAGCUGUGUUAGCUACGGCGUUGAAGCAAUGGUUUGCGGAGGUUGUUGAUGUAUCGUCUUAAAUUGCAUUGUGGUGUUUUUAUUUGAUGUACAAAAAGCAAUGGUUUUUUUUUUUUUUUUAUGUAAAUAGCUCUGG